UGCAGGAAUGCAGUGACAGGUCUAGACCUGAACUUCCGCAUUGAGCAGGAAGAAGUCAACUGAACAAGACCCAGAUGCAAUCUACAUUUACACACCCAGAUCUGCCUGCAUGUUACUGUUACUUCAGUGGUGUCCAGCUUUACGAGGCAAUUAUAAUAAUUCGAAGUGGAACUAAUGUUGGUGACGCUUUUAUCUUGAAACUAACUGGUGAAACGGGGAUAAAAAACAUUUAAAAAGAUGGACGACAUCGACGCCAUGUUCAGUGACCUGCUGGGGGAGAUGGACCUCCUCACUCAGAGUCUCGAACAGGAAACAGCGUCCCCUGCACCUCCGCCCAUCACCAACCACGAAGUCAACUUCUCCAUCGGCUUCACUGAUCUCAACGAGUCACUAAAUGAACUGGAGGACAAUGACUUGGAUGCGCUCAUGGCUGAUCUGGUGGCGGAUCUCAGUGCCACGGAAGAGAAACUAGCAGCAGAGAGACAAGGACUGAAGGCGCCAUCAUCAGACCUGCCGCCUCCACCCUUGGGCCUGAGCGUUGAACCGGCAUCCUCCAGUUCACCAACAACACCCAGCAGCAGCAGCAACGUCAGCACCCCCUCCUCCUCCGCCACCUCCCCUCUGCCGCCUCCGCAGUCCUCAAAACCCACAAUGGAGGAAAUCGAGGCACAGAUAAAGGCAGAGAAAAUCAAGCUUGCACUUGAGAAGCUUAAGGAAGCCAAAGUGAAAAAGUUGGUGGUGAAGUUUCUAUUGAACGACGGCAGCUCGAAGACGCUGAUGGUGGAUGAGAGGCAAACGGUCAGGGACGUCCUGGACAACCUGUUUGAGAAAACUCACUGCGAUCGUAACGUGGACUGGAUUCUGUGUGAAACCAACCAGGAGCUGCAGCUCGAACGGACGUUUGAAGACCACGAAAACCUUGUGGAGCCGCUCCUAGCGUGGAUAAGAGACAGUGACAACAAAGUCCUCUUUCAGGAGAGGAAAGAAAAAUUUGAGGUUUUCAAAAAUCCACAGAACUUUUAUCUCUGGAAGAAGGAUAAGAAAGCUCUCAAAGACAUAAAAGAGAAAGAUAAGGAAAUAUUAAUACAGGAGAACUUCUGCGGGACGUCCAUCAUCGUUCCUGAUCUCGAGGGAGUCCUGCACCUCAAAGAAGAUGGCAAGAAGUCCUGGAAACAGCGGCUCUUCCAGCUCAGAGCUUCGGGAAUUUAUUACGUUCCCAAAGGGAAGACCAAGUCAUCCCGUGACCUCGUCUGCUUCGUCCAGUUCGACAACUUGAACGUCUACUUCGCCAAAGACUUAAACAAAUACAAGGCCCCGACCGACUUCUGCUUUGUUCUGAAACAUCCCCAGAUUCAAAAAGAAUCCCAGUACAUUAAGUAUCUUUGCUGCGACGAUGAAUGGAGCAUGAACCUUUGGGUGACUGGAAUAAGGAUUGCAAAGUACGGCGCCUCACUGUACGAAAACUACAAAACAGCAGAGAAGAAGGCGGCCGUCAGCAGCUCUGUUUGGUCAAACCGCAACACUCCGACAAGCUCCAAUCCAUCGACACCCUCACCUACAAUCAAAGCAAAAGCACCAACUCAGGCCAACGGUCACGCUACCAAACCCCAGCCAGGGACUGGCCCUCAGGACUUUGGAAAUGUCCCGCCUCCACCAUUAGAUGAUUUCCUCCCUCCUCCGCCCCCCGACCCAGUCUUCCCUCCUCCACCACCUCCACUGGCCGCCAAGAGUGCCACCAAGCCUGCUGUCGCACACCAACAACUCCCCAGCAACCUCCCUCCACCUCCACCUGCGAUGGACGACCUCCCUCCCCCACCACCGCCUCCACCCAUGGACGACUCCAUGGAGAACCCGCCAGACUUCCUCCCGCCUCCCCCUCCAGCUACCGGCUUUGGUUCCAUGCUCCCCCCUCUGCCUGCUAAGUGUUCACCACCACCUCCUCCUCCACCGGCUACUUCUGGGGGCUUUGGUGAAUCCCUGCCUCCUCCACCACCAGAUCCAGGAUUUUUACCUCCACCCGAGCCAGUGUUCACAGGAACUGGAGUACCGCCGCCGCCGCCACCUCCCCCACCUCCUCCCGCUGCAGCAGCGCGGCCCCCCGGGUCAGUGAGGAAGAAGCCUCCUGCUCCGCCAAAGAGGACUACACCUUCACUGCAUGGAGGAGGAGGAGGAGGAGGAGGAGGAGGAGGAGGAGGAGACCUCAUGUCAGAACUGAUGGUCGCCAUGCAGAAGAAGCGUAGUGAUCAUUAGCUGGAGCAGGAAACUUCGGAGUGUUAAUAAUAUAGUAUGAACUGAACCCUCAAAACCACUGUCCCUCUUUCCUUGAAGCCAGAAGAAGUUUUUGUCUUCUUUGAACAAAAAUUCAAGACUAAACUUUUAAGCAAAUCCAAGUGUUUUGAAAACAUAUGCUUUCAUUUCACUUCACAAGAUAUUUCCUAUUAAACUGUACAUAUGUUUGCCCGGAGGAGCUGUAAAUACUGUAAAAACACAUUCCACAUAUCCCCAGGGAAAAUACAGUUGUAUCCAGUUAUCAAAGUAAAACCACAUAAAUAAACUUGGAAAAUUCCUGGUUUCAUAAAAAUGUGUGAAUCCAACAUUAUUGUGUAGUUUUCUUGUCACUGAGUGUAGCUUAAUUUUGUUGGCUAUUAAAAACACAUGCUAUACCUAAAAGAAACGUCCACCCUGCUUUAAAUGCAAUGGUAAAUAAAUAUGAAAUCUGAAAAAAGAUGAAUAUGUAGCCUUA